CAAAAAAUGUCCCAGUUUGAGUCAUUUUAUCAGGAUCUAAAAUCCACGGAGCAACAGGACGCGGCUCUUACUUCUGAGCAACAAAUCGAGCGACUUUUGAAGCCCGGUUCCACAUAUUUGAACCUUAACCCAUAUGAAGUGCUCCAAAUCGAUUUGGACACGGAUAUCGAGGCGGCUAAGAAGAAAUACAAGAAGCUCUCACUACUUGUGCAUCCGGAUAAAAAUCCAGAUGAUCGAGAACGUGCUGACAAAGCUUUUGAUAUUGUGAAGAAGGCGAUUAAGCAAAUGGAGGAUCCGAUUGAGUUGAAUCGAUGCAAAGAUUGUUAUACGGAGGGAAAAGCUCGGCUUGCUAUUGUGAUGUCGGAGAAAAAGCGAAAAUUGCGAAAAGAUGGAAAAGAAGAUGUGAUUGAAGAAGAUGAUCCAGCUGGAUACAAGAAAGCUCUGUGGAUUACUGUAACAAAAGUGUUUGCUGAUCGAGAGAAGAAGAGAAAGAUGCUUGAAGAGAGGGCGAAUGAGGAAAAACGCCGCUCAACUGAAGCGUUAGUCCAAGCAGCAGAGAAGCGUAAACUGGCCGAAGAAUUCGCGAAAAACUACGAAGAAUCUCGUGACGAACGUUCCGGAAGCUGGAGAAAUUUCCAGGCGAAAAAGGCGAAAAAAGAGGAUAAGGGAAAGACGUUGAAGGGUGCAGCAUUCAAACCUCCGAAAGUUAAACUUCAGAAAUAAUUAUUGAUCUCUUUGAAUUUUUCUAUUUAUUCUCAUUCAUUAUAUUCCCAUCAUUAUUGUGUAAAAUCUCAACAAGUUUUUGUAAAAAAUUAUUUUAUUCG